AUGAAUUUUCAGAUCGAAUACCCUUUUUCAUUUCAAUCUUCUUCCACCGUUUUCCAAUCAUCAUCACCAUGCACACCACCCAAUAAUAAUAAUAAUAAUAACCCUAACCUACUCUCACAUCCUUUAGUUCAUGCACAAUUUGUAGUUUCGCCCAAAAGGAAAGGUGGGAGAAAGAAGUUCAAGGAAACUCGCCACCCGAUUUAUAGGGGUGUCCGGCAAAGGAAGGGCAAGUGGGUUUGUGAGCUCAGGGAACCCAAGAAGACCACAAGGAUUUGGUUAGGGACAUACCCUACACCUGAAAUGGCAGCUAGGGCACAUGAUGUGGGUGCCCUAGCAAUUAGGGGCACUUCAGCGAUUCUAAACUUUCCAAACUCAGCUUCUCUUCUUCCAAUCCUUAACUCAUCUUCACCUAAAGAUAUUCGAGCAGCUGCAGCAGAAGCUGCUGAGAGUUUCCGACCAAUCGCGCUUUCUUCCUUGUCCAAUCCUCGUAACAACAAAACUGGUCGCAAAACAAAGUGCAAGAGAGUUAGUAAAAAGGUUUCACCAAUGGAGGAAACCACACAGGAAACAGUGUUGGACUCUGGCAUGGAGAAAAACAACUGUGAUUUGUCUUCAACCGUGUUCUUCGAUGAAGAGGCAUUGUUCAACAUGCCUGGUCUGUUGGAUAGAAUGGCAGAGAGUUUAUGUCUUCUUCCAUUACCUUCGGUGGAUUAUUGGGAUGAUCAUGCUUAUUUCACAGACUUCAAUCUGUGGACUGAUUGA